CGCUUUUUGCUCAGUUCGCCAAUAAAGACGCUGCCACAUGGACAUGCACAGGCUGAUCUUCGAGGUGCAGCAGCGGCCGGCUCUCUGGGACUCGAGGCAUCCGGACCACGCCAACCGCCCGGAGACGCAGCGCCUCUGGAACGCGGUGGCGGAGGCCGUCGGAAUCGAUGUUGAGGUUUGUCGCACCAAGUGGAAAAAUCUGCGUUGCAGUUAUCGCCGCAGUAACCGGCGAAGUGGCCUCUUGAAGCACCAGCAGACGCCCUCCCAGGGUCACCAGUGGUCAUAUGCGGAGGCCAUGAGUUUCCUGGACGGCCAGCGAUUGCUGGGGGAGGAACGUGAUAACAGCAACAACGAGGAGGAGGAGAUGGAGGGUGCGCUGAAGACUGAAGUUGAGCCCAUGCUGUCGACCUUUAAGAGCGAGCAAGUCUCGGCUGCGGAUGAAAUGGAGGCGGACAACGAUGCGCUGAUGCGCGAAUUCCAGAACGUGUCGACUCCGCAGGCGUUGCGCAGGCUCUCCGAGAACAUCUCCUUGGCCAGUGCGGCGGCGGAGGAGCAGGUGCCUCCCACUGCCUCCCAGAUGAGUCCGAAUUUAAAUCAGGGAAGUGCCAUUGCGGCCGCAGCAGCCAGCAGUUGCCAUUGCGCGAAGAGGGUGGACGAACAGGUCAACUUCCUGGAGAGUCUGGAACGCGAGGAGCAGCAGCUGAUGCAGUCCACCAGCCAGGAUCUGGCCAGGUGCAAGAGUGUCCUCCAUGUGGGCGACUCCGACUACAACUACCUGAUCAGCUUUCUGCCGCUGAUGAAGCAAAUGACGCCCUACCAGAAUGUCUACUUCAGGGCCAAAAUGGGGGAGCUACUGCUGAAGACAAUGCAGCAGCCGCCGGUGCAACAGCAGUCGCAGCAGCGACAGCCGCAGCAGCAGCAGCCGCAGCAGCAGCAGCCCUCGCAAAUGUUGUUGAACCAACAGCAAAUGGCCUUGGAUCAGGCGCAAGUGAGCACAAGCUCCACAAAUUGGAGCUGAAUCGGGGGAUUGGAGCCGAACAAAUGAGAUAUACAAUGCCCUUAAUGUUAAGUGUUGGAACUGGACAAGAGCGCGAGCCCCACUGUGCGCAUGUCCAGUGCACAGUGGUGCAAGUUCGCUGAGAUUGAGAUUACUUUCGAAUUUCAUCAAUGCACAUAAAGAAAAUUAAUAAAAAAUAUAUUUUUUUUUAAGUUCUCAAAUCGAGGGGCUUCUUUGAUUUCGUCUUUGCAAACUAAAAUCGAUUACCUUGUGGUUUACCAGGGCUCCCUUCUUUUUAUUAUUCUUCUUCUAAGUGGGCUGCUUUUUUGAGUGCCACACUAUUGGUUUGACAUUUGCUGAACUCAGUCGAAGCGGAAAAUUAACUUGACGAGAAAACUUUAUUAAGAGAUGGCCAAAAAAAUUUGGUCAGCGGCAGCCAAAGUAGAUGAUGUGCAAAUCAGUACAGCGAUGCAGACCAUAUGUAGCCUUAGCGUGAAUAAUCCAUCCGCAUUCUUAACGCAAAUGGUAUUGCACCCGCUUCUGAUCGCCCUGACAACCCAAGACGAGCAGGCCAAGGCGGAGAAGUUGAAUCAGAUACUUCAGAUGCUGAUGGAGGUGAACAAUAACUUGAAGAGUCAGCUGCCUGCAGAAGAUCAAGCAAUGUUCUAAAUGAUUAAAUACAGCGAUGUUAUAUUUAUA